AUGAGUGAUCAUACAGAUGAAAGCUGCAAGCAAAGCAAAUCUGUCCAGGAAAAAUCUGCAGAAGAAAAUGUCUCUCCUGAUAAGGACUGCUCAGUGAAAAAAAAACAAUUGCAACAACUUGAGAAACAAUUAAAAAGUUUAGUCUUUCAAAAUCCAGGUCCUCAAGUAGCUGACUUCAAUCCAGAAGCUAGAGAGCAGAAAAAGAAAGCCUGCAUGUCACAGAUACAGCAAGAAUUCUUUAAUAAGCCCAAAACUGCAAAGAAGUAUGACAAACAUGGCAGGUUGCUUUGUAAUAACAUUGAUUUGUGUGAUUGCCUGGACAAGAACUGCCUGGGUUGCUUCUAUCCUUGCCCCAAAUGCAAUUCAAACAAGUGUGGAACAGAAUGUCGCUGCAAUAGGAAAUGGGUCUAUGCUUCAAUUGAGACUGAAGGGGGUACUGUGAUCAGGAAUUUUCCAUUUUCUCUCUCUGACUGA